GGAGAGGCGAGCGCUGGAAGAUUUAACCUCGGAGCCACGCUGGUGGGCGCCACAUGCGGGUGCCGUUCCCGCGUAGGUCACUCCAUGCCCAGCAGCCUCCACCUGCCCAGUGACCAUGAUAGUGUUUGUCAGGUUCAACUCCAGCCAUGGUUUCCCAGUGGAGGUCGAGUCCGACACCAGCAUCUUCCAGCUCAAGGAGGUGGUUGCUAAGCGACAGGGGGUUCCAGCUGACCAGUUGCGUGUGAUUUUCGCUGGGAAGGAGCUUCGGAAUGACUUGACAGUGCAGAGCUGUGACCUGGAUCAGCAGAGCAUCGUCCACGUGGUGCUGAGACCCUGGAGGGAAGACCAAGGAGGGGCGGCCACUGGACAGGAAGGCCCACAAAACGCCACGGUGGGCUCGGAGAGAGAGCCUGAGAGCUUGACGCGCGUGGACCUCAGCAGCUCCGUCCUCCCGUCCCACUCGGGGGGUCUGGCCGUGAUCCUGAACAGUGACGACGCCAGGACCCUGCCAGUCGGAAGGCCAGCAGGUAGACGAACCUACAACAGCUUUUAUGUCUAUUGCAAAGGCCCCUGUCGGAGAGUACAGCCGGGAAAACUCCGGGUACAGUGCAGCACCUGCCAACAGGCAACGCUCACCUUGGCCCAGGGUCCAUCUUGCUGGGAUGAUGUCUUAAUCCCAAACCGGAUGACCGGCAAAUGCCAGUCUAUACACUGCUCUGGGACUACAGCCGAAUUUUUCUUUAAAUGUGGAGCACACCCGACCUCCGACAAGGACACGUCAGUAGCUUUGAACCUGAUCACAACAAACAGUCGAGACAUCACCUGCAUCACCUGUACCGACGUCAGGAGCCCUGUCCUGGUUUUCCAGUGCAACCACCGUCACGUGAUUUGCUUAGAUUGUUUCUACUUAUAUUGUGUGACAAGACUGAAUGACCGGCAGUUCAUCCCUGACCUUCAGCUCGGCUACUCUCUGCCUUGUGUGGCUGGCUGCCCCAGCUCCUUGAUUAAAGAGCUCCAUCACUUCAGGAUUCUUGGAGAAGAGCAGUACAACCGGUACCAGCAAUAUGGUGCUGAAGAGUGUGUGCUACAGAUGGGGGGAGUGCUGUGCCCUAGCCCUGGCUGCGGAGCAGGGCUGCUUCCUGAGCCGGGCAUGAGGAAGGUCACUUGUGAAGGGGGCAGUGGUCUGGGCUGUGGGUUCGUCUUCUGCCGGGACUGUAAGGAGGCGUACCAUGAAGGUGAAUGCGGCACCCUCUUUGAAGCCUCAGGAGCAGUUACUCAGGCUUACCGAGUCGACCAGAAGGCCGCGGAGCAAGCUCGGUGGGAAGAGGCCUCCAAAGACACGAUCAAGAAAACCACCAAGCCCUGUCCCCGCUGCCAUGUGCCCGUUGAGAAAAAUGGAGGCUGCAUGCACAUGAAGUGUCCGCAGCCGCAGUGCGGGCUGGAGUGGUGCUGGGCCUGCAGCUGCGAGUGGAACCGCGCCUGCAUGGGGGACCACUGGUUCGACGUGUAGCCGCCGCCAGCGAGCGAGCGCCUCCUGCCGUCCAACCUGGGAACGUACCAAGGCUCCCGCCCCUCGGGGCUCUUUCUCCUCUCUCCCCCCCUCGCACGCGCACACACGCACACACAGACACGCACAACCCCUCAAGUUCCUUACAGAACCACAAAAAGCUCCUGAGAUCCCACGAGCAACAGCAGGAAGCAUUCUCAGGCCUCAGCAUGACACACACCCCAGAGCCCAGAGGAAAGUGCAUCCCGCCUGUUGCACGGAUUGUCGUUCUCCCGGGAAUUCAGGUUGGGCUGGAUUUAAGCAGCAGAGAGAGAGAUUUCUCAGGUUUAAUUUCCUGCAUUGUACCUUCUGCAAAGAUUGGGAAGAAGCCAUUGGUGAGGAAAUAGUUCGGAGGGACGAUUGUCAGGUUCCCUGUAAGACGGCGGGUCGAUUGGGAGAACCAUAUUCUCGGCUUCGAGAGCAAUGCUCCUAUGUAAAUUUUCAGAGAGCAUCUAUUCCCAAAGAACCACAGGCAGUAGUCAAAAGUCGGUGUUUAUCCCUAAGAAUUCUACCUUUAUAUAUUGCGCUGAUGGGAUAUCAACUAUGCAUAAAUCAGCUUGUCAACUAGCGAGAAAUUAUGAAAGUUAACUUGAAUGUUGACAUUAUAGGAAAGAGAUCAAAACUUCAUGUACUUUUCAUUCCAUUUAAUUAUUUGAAAACCUGGAAAGAGAUUGUUUUUCUGAGCAUACUACAAAGUCUGUAAUUUGAUUUUAAACAUUCAUUUUGCAGCUUGGGGAAUAAGUUAGUACAUUUGGCUUCACUGUAAACUUAAUGGGUCGGGUACCUUUAGAGGAAACAUUUUUAGAAGUGGUUUUAUAGUGAUUCUCAAUGUUAACAAAAGUUCAGGGUGUUGAGGCAGAAAUCUUUAAAGAAGGAGCAUUUCCAGGGCUAACAGAAUGGAACCAGGACUGAUUUUGUACUGGAAAGAUUUCUGCACGUGCUGGGUUCCUGAAUGGGUUACUCCAAGGAGAGUUCUUCUCUAGGACAGUGGAGUCAUACAAAAGAUUUCCUCAUGUUAACAUGGAUCAAAGUGGAGUGUUGAUCAAGUUUUCCUCUUUUUUUUUUUUUUUGAGGCGUUCACGACACGUCAAAAAGAGAUGUGUUUACGCGAAAUGCCACAGACCUCAUUUUCUACAGCACAGUGAACAGAUGAAAAACUACAACCACUGUCUUUGGUUCUCAUCAUCUGUCUUCUCAGGGCUUCUCUUUGUAGACAUAGCACCAGAAAUCCUUGCAGCAGGAGAGAAGGAAUGACCUCAGAACAUUUACCAAGGACCUCUGUCCCUCUGUCCCUCUGUCCCUAACCAUCCUCCCAGGGACAGUCCUGCCUGAUCUCCCUUUUCCCUCAGAGGCUGGUCCCGGGACAAGAUGGGGUGUGGCAAGCACAGGGGUUUUAAUCAGCCUCAUUUGGCUUCGCUCUGUCAGAAAAUCCAACCUCCCCAGUGUGACCCCAAAGCUGCCAGACUCAUGUCACAAAGCCUUAAAGGUCAUAGCGAGGGAACAGAGAGCCAAUACCUGUGAGCAAGAGAAAAAGGAAGGUCACGAGGCAUGAGAUCGCAUGUUCCAGGGGCCGGUAUCAGUGACGGCACAUUACUGACAAUCCCGGCAGGUAGCUUCUCACACCCACCCUGCAGGACAAAUCAGACAGCCCCCUCUCUCACAUGGAGCACCCGGUAUUUUAUAUCCACUAUAGCUUUUGGGUUUAGUGACGCUAUCCUGAUUGUUGACUUCCAAAUUUGCGUGUUGUGUUGGGUGUGCAAAGCCCAAACAGGGUUUGCUCUCAUGGCUUCAGGCACAGUAGGUAGAAGUUUCUAGGGCUCUGCUCCUUUCCUGGUGGUGGUCUUCCCCCCACCCCAGAAUAGAACAUGGAGACAAGGUAAAGGGGAAAAAACAGCCUCUGUAAAGGAAUGGAAAUCACAAACCACUAUAAAUGAACAUGCUUGACCAUGAAAUGUAUAAUCAAAUGUGACUAGAUCAAAAGAAUAGAAAUAAAAUCUUUGCAGAAGAAUCUUUAUUUUUCUCUGAAACUUGUAAAGGGGUAUUUGACCACUAUGUCUAAAGUUGUACUCAAAUUAUCAAUAAAAGCAUCAAAAGAG